AUGGUCUAUGCUGGUAGAUCAUACAGCUGGCCAGAACAAAACAAAGAUCGUGCUGCUAGAAGAAUGACCGGAUUAGAAUAUUUUUUAUAUAACACUACAAAUGACUAUUAUUGGUCCCUAACAGAUGAUGUUCCUAUUGAUGUCGAUAACAUGGAUAAAAUUCUUCGCCAUUUACAGAAUAAUUAUCUCCCUUUAAAUGAAUCAGUAUUUAUUGGUCAUAGUCUUAAAGGAUGGUUUAUCCAGGGAGGAACUGGAUUCUUACUCUCAAGAUAUGGAGCAAAAAUGAUCAUUGAACACGCUGUUGACUGGGUUAGAGAUAUUCCAUACGAAGAUGAUAAAGCAACACUUGAUUUUAGAAUAUGGAUGGGACUUUCUAAAAGAGAUACAUACUCCAGUCUGAUGUUUGGCGAAGAACCUCGAGUUUUUAAUCAAUCUGAAUUUUGGAAGCAAAAACUACCUCGUUGUCAUUCAUUCCACAGAAGCAGGUGCAGUGAUAAUUAUAAAAUAACCGAUCUUCACGCUCUCCACACAAGAAAAAUGAAUGCAUCACUUGCAAUGGAAAGAUUGAAGCAAGCAAAGAGGGAAUCAACAGAUCUUUACUUCUACUAUUGUUAUAUGGACCUAUAUUUAUGUAGAGGAGAGAAAUAUAAUCCUAAUUUUGAUUGUCCUGUAAAAGGACUUUAUGUUUAA